AUGCUCUCCGCAGUUGCCUCAACAUCAUCACUCAUUCAAUUCACCACGUCAUCGCCACUGGCUUCUCGACGAAAAAUCAGUGAAAUCUCCAACCCGACAGAAUCGCUGUAUCGAAAAUGGUCGCAUGUUGGAACGCCGCCAAGGUGCUCAACGAGCACAAUGAUAGCUGGAGGAAUUCAGCAGAAGGGUGUACUCCAAUUGACACUUUCAAUGUCGGCAAAGGAUCGAGCGAGGAAGUUCUCUGAGAAAAUUGCCUCCUGGGUCAGCAUGAGCAUUUCCAUUUUUUCAGCUCCUCUAUUCCUUUUUCUCCAUAUAUGUAUUUCUUUUUUUUUGUCCCAUAACUUUAUUUAUUAG